UUACGUAUACGCCAGCAAGCCUACCAAAUAACCAAUUAUAUAGUGAAAUAGAAAAUAUUUGAAUAAAUGAAAAGUAUAGUGCUCUGCUCGCUGUGCUAUUAAAUGAGAGACUGAGCGAUUUCUAAUACGCUCACGAGCAUCUUGCCGAAAGACAAAAGUCAAAAAAAGAUUCCUCUUGGACGAGCAGAGCAAACUGUUGCUGUUUGUUUGGUAAGGCGCCCAGUUUCGUGGUUGACAGUGAAGGCGCCGCAUGCCAAAUUUUGAUCAUGACCGCGUAAAAAAUAAAUACAGCUAUUUACACUAAAUAAAAAUAUAUGUGUAUGUAUAUGUAUGUAUAUAUAUGCACAUGUAUUUGAGUGGUGCCAAACCAAACAAACAAUCAAAAAACGUCCGUUUCAAUUAAAUGAGUACAAUAAUUGUGUAAUCCAUCCACCUCGCAAUGAAUAAGACCAUACUGCACUGGAGCUACUUGAACUUCAAAGAUGUGCCCAUGGACUUGUUCUUGUAUGAGGACCUCGAGGAGGUCUACUUGAAAGAGAACUAUAUAUCCGCAAUACCCAAAUGGCUGCUGAAUAUAUCCACACUCAAGUUCAUCCACUUGGCUGGCAACAACCUAAGCGAGCUGCCUGUGGACAUAUAUAUGCUGGAGAACCUAGAGUUCUUGGAUGUGUCCAACAAUGAGAUCAGAGAGCUGCCCAAGACACUGGGGUUGCUGCUGCGCCUCCAACAGCUGAACGUCAGCGGCAAUCAGCUGACCGAACUGCCUGUGGAGCUGAACACCUUGCGCAAUUUGGAGCAACUGAAUAUAGCCAAAAAUCAAUUCCGUCGUUUGCCCAUACAGCUGAGCGAAUGCGUGCGCCUCAACGAGCUGAACGUGAGCGACAACGAGGCGCUGCUGCAUCUGCCCGAGCGCAUUGCGAAUCUCCCCAUGCUGCAAUCCCUCCACGCCGAUCGCUGUGCUCUUAUUUAUCUGCCGGCAGCGCUCUCCAAGUUCAUGAACCAUGUGCGCAUCUUUCACAACACCUCUGUCAACUAUAUACCCAUGAUCUACGAGCGUUUCUAUCAGAAUUUCUACGAUAACAGACAGAAAGUGACGCCCAUCCCCAUCGGAAAGAAAGGAUUUUUCUGGGUACGGGAAUUGGAGACAAAUAAGCUUCUGCUGCUCCCAGUGGGCACACGCAAGAUUUAUGCCGUGCCCUCGGCGGAGAAUCAGGUCACGCUCUAUGAUGAUUGCUUGCAUGCGCUGCAGACGCUGAAUCGGCACGUGCCUGUCUAUGAGAAUGCCGCACUGCAUCGCCUGCUGCCCGAGCCGUAUAUGAGUGGCCACAUCAACAAUGGACCCAUUGCUCGCUGCACCACCACCAACUGCUCCAGUUGCCUCUAUACAACCUACUACUUUAUGGUCGUCAAACGACGUGGCAGCGCCUCGAAGCAAUUAUUCACAUGUAAUUUUUGCACACAGUACUGCGCACUGCAAUGGCUCUCGGGCAAUAUGAAGAAAUAUUAUCAAGUCAACUGGAAAGUUUGCGACGGUGACGAUCUCGAUGAUGAUGAAGAUAGUAAUGGUGAUAAUGACAAGACAAGGCAGAGUUAAGUGGGCUGGCGUGAUCUUCACGAGUGUUUGUCCAACAAAUUAGCAUUGCUUUAAUUAGACCUUAGUUUUAUAAUUGUUAUUCAAAUGCCUAAGCUUUGAUUGAGUGCUCAUUAAAGUGUCUAUCCCUAGCCAA